GGCCUGUCUCUCGGUCUGUGGAGAUGCUGGAGAAGAUGAUGGAGGCUGGCAUGAACAUCGCACGUAUGAACUUCUCCCACGGCACCCAUGAAUACCACAGUGAGACAAUGUUGAAUGUCCGUAAGGCAGCCCAGAAGUAUUCCGAGAAGAUUGGGCAUUCUUAUCCUGUUGCCAUUGCUCUUGAUACAAAGGGACCUGAAAUUCGUACUGGCCUUUUGGAAGGUGGACCAUCAGCUGAAAUUGAAUUGAAGGAAGGUGCCACAAUCAAGUUGACCACAGAUAGCAGUUACUACGAAAAGUGCUCAGAAGAGGUGCUUUACUUGGACUAUGUCAACAUCACCAAAGUUGUGAAACCUGGCAACCGCAUUUUUGUUGAUGAUGGCCUUAUCUCUCUUAUUGCCAAGGAUGUGGGCAGUGAUUUCAUUGACUGUGAGGUUGAAAAUGGAGGUAUGCUUGGGAGCAAGAAGGGCAUGAACCUCCCAGGUGUCCCAGUAGACCUUCCUGCAGUCUCUGAGAAGGACCGUGGUGACCUCCUCCUUGGUGUCAAAAUGGGAGUAGACAUUGUGUUUGCAUCCUUCAUCCGUGAUGCAGCUGGAGUCCGUGAGAUCAGGGAAGUCCUUGGUGAAAAGGGCAAGAACAUUAAAAUCAUCAGCAAGAUUGAGAAUCACCAGGGAUGCAAGAACAUUGAUGACAUCAUUGAAGAGGGAGAUGGUAUCAUGAUUGCUCGUGGUGAUUUGGGUAUUGAGAUCCCAGCCGAGAAGGUCUUUGUGGCCCAGAAACAGAUGAUUGCCAAGUGCAACAAAGUUGGAAAGCCAGUCAUUUGUGCUACCCAGAUGUUGGAAUCCAUGGUGAAGAAACCCCGUCCCACACGUGCUGAAGUGUCUGAUGUUGGUAAUGCUAUUCUUGAUGGUGCUGACUGUGUCAUGCUGUCUGGUGAAACUGCUAAGGGAGACUACCCUCUUGUGUGUGUGCGAACCAUGGCCAAUAUUGCACGUGAAGCUGAAGCUGCAAUUUGGCACAAGCAACUCUUCACUGAGCUGUCUCAGCAGGUCCAACUGCCCACUGACUCAACACACACCACAGCCAUUGCUGCAGUUGAAGCUUCAUUCAAAGCAAUGGCCACAGCCAUUAUUGUUAUUACCACCACUGGUCGCUCUGCUUUUUGGGUUUUAAAGUACAGGCCUCGCUGCCCAAUUGUGGCUGUAACUCGAUUCCCACAGGUGGCCAGACAGUGCCAUCUCCGUGGUAUUAUUCCCAUCCCCUACACUGCUGAACGUAUUGAAGACUGGAUGAAUGAUGUCAAUGCUCGCGUAGACUAUGCUGUUCAGUAUGGCAAGGAGUGUGGCUUCAUCACCGGCGACCCUGUUGUUGUGGUGACUGGCUGGCAGAAGGGAGCUGGCUUUACCAAUACCAUGCGCGUCCUGUACGUACAGUAAUUUCUCAGUUAUGGACUUGACAAGGGAUACUAAUUGCUUGUUAAGUUAAGUUUCUCAUCGGGAGCCUAAAGCUUCUGUUUUAUUGCUGUUCAGAGUGCUUGUACAGCUGUCACAAAUGCUUAAGAUCAAAGUUAAACUCCAUUUUGUGAUGGGUACACUGCAUUACUAAUAAUAUGAAAGUAC